UGCCCGUGUAUCGGUAAGUUUGUUACACGAACACACAGUGGGGUAAACAAUAACGAGACAGAUAUGCUUACUGUGAUGCUUGGUCAAUGCCAAUGCGGCUGCAAUGUAGAUGGAGCCGCUUUUCGAUCGCCUGCUAAAGAGAACGUUUCCCGACAGCGUCAGUGCGAUCGAGUACUGCCGUGGGCUUUGUGCUGAAUUUGGAUUUACUGUCAAACAAGAAGCCAGUGCAAACAGGAAUAUCUACGUUUACUGCUCAAGAGAAGGUCUGCCCGACUCGCAGCGCAACCCGAAGCCCUCGCCACAACGCAAACGCCCCUCCAAGCGCUGCGACUGUCGUUGGCGCGUCGUCCUCUCCGAAAACGAACACGACCUGUGGGAGUUCCGCAAAUCCAUGAACCCAAACGCGUCCGAACACAACCACGACAUGAUGUCGCCCGACGAGAUGGUCAAGGCUUGGCCCUCCGAGGUCACCGAUCUGAUCAUCCAGCUCGCCCGUCAACGCUUGCAGACACAUGAAAUUCGUGAGACUGUCAAACAGCACUUUCCCGACAUCACGUGGAACGAACGACGCUUUUACAAUCGCCUGACAGAGGAGCGCAAACGUAUCAAACAGCGCGGCGUCCUUGAUCGAUCGCAGCGCCUCUUGCUGCUUUCCGCUCGCCUGUGCUCCGUCGUCGCUUCCAACGAGGACUGGGCCUCGAGUGUCGAGCAGGAAAUGACUCGCUUGUUGGAGAGCUAUUGUCACCUGUCACGAUUGCCGCCAGAAGCUAAAACGACCUUGGCUGAUUUGCAGCCCGAAAUGAUACAAGCAGAAGGACCAUCUUCUCAGUCAGCAUCGUCGGCAUCUGCUGCUGCUGCUGCUGCUACUGCUACUACUGCUACUGCUACCAAACAGCAACAACAGGAAGAGAAUAAUAGCGCAUCGCCUGCAUCGUCUGCGGAUAUGAUGAUGACGGAUGAAGCUUCGCCCGCCAAGAAACGCAAGUCCGUGUCGGCAUCCACAGUAGUGACUCGACCACCAGACGCACCAAAGGGAACUCAGGUAGUGUAUGUGCCGAGCUACAUGCUGUUUGUCCGCAAUCAGCCCAUGCGAUCGUCCUCAGAACCUUCGUCGCAAGGCACGGCUAGUACGGCUGCAAGAAGGACGUUUUUGGGAUCACCGCCUGAUAUGCAUCAUCCCAUGGGCAACAUGUUUCCAUUAGCCUCGCCCACGUCGUCCUCCUCCUCAUCCACGUCAUCAAUGCCGUUCCCGCAACAGCAGCAGCAGCAGCAACAACAACAACAACAGCAGAGACACUAUGUUCGACGGUUCGAUCAACAACGUGUUUCAUCGCCAGGCAUGGUACAUGAUCAGCAACCUAUCAUGGCUUAUUCACAGCCGUCUGCAGCGCCACCGCCACCUGCUCCUCAGCAACAACAACAACAGCACCGCUGCAGCUGUUGCUGGUCCAUUUUCGCCAUACAGCAUGACUCCACAAUCAACGGAUAUUCAAUUUGGUUUUGAUGGCGGCAUGGCAGCAGCUGCGACAACACCCAACACUGCUUUUACGCCGAGUCAACAACAGCAACAUCAACAUCAACAUCAACCCACUCAGCAGCAGCAGCAGCAGCAGCGUUUGGAACGACCUGAGCCUACCCAUCCUCAUGAUGUUGCUUAUCAACAACAACAACAGCGAUCGUCUACUACCGAUAACUCUUCUUGGUCGCCAUCUAUCUUUAACUCGUACCCAAUUAAAGAAGAGCCCAUGACAGAUCAACGCGCCAUACUUUUACGUGAACAGCAACAACAGCAGCGAUUACCCCGCAGCAUGUCUCAACAAGGCUUCAUUCCUUCAUCCAUGCCAAUGAUGCGUCCUGGUGAAGAUCACCACCACCAC